CAGCUCCUACAGCUCCACCCAGCUUGUCUCAUCUCUCAGCUUGUCUUCUAUACUCGUCUUCUACAUACAGCAGUCUUCAUUGGAUACAUACAAGUAGUUUCAGUAUAAGAAGAGUGAUAUGAAUGUUAUAGUUUAUCCAUAGAAGGAAUUACAAUACUUUUAUGUUCAUAAAGAGAGAAUACUUUUUGUUCACUUAAAGGGACUACUUCUGUGUUUUCUUAAAACUGGAAUGUGAAAGGAUUUUUGCUGCUUAAAAGUAGCUUUUGGUAUUUGAUUUAUUCACUGGAAGGUGUUGGUGUCUGCUGGCUGUCUAAACAAGGUGUAUGCACACCUUAAAGUCUGCUGAGGCAUGGGCAUAGAUGGAGUUCAGUCAAAGGAAGAGGGGGAUGAGGUGAAGGAGAAGGAGAAGAAAGAAGAUAAAGUGAUCCACCUGAGAAGGACGAUAGGUCUGCUUCCGGCUAUCUCCUUCAUCAUCGGUACCGUGGUGGGCAGCGGCAUCUUCAUUGCACCAAAAGGGGUUCUGAUGAACAGUGGUAGUGUGGGGCUGUCACUGGUGGUGUGGGCACUGUGUGGGGUCCUCUCGACCUUUGGGGCCUUGUGCUAUGCUGAGCUGGGAACCACUUUUACAAAGUCAGGGGGCCACUACACCUAUCUGCUGGAGACAUUAGGACCCUUGCCUGCGUUCCUGCGACUCUGGGCAGAGUUUUUAUUUAUCAGGCCAGCUGUAGCCUCCUACGUGUCCCUGGCGUUUGGACGCUAUGUGGUGGAACCCUUUUUCAGCCCUUGCGCUCCUCCCACAGCACUGAUUAAACUGGUCAGCAUCCUUGGAGUGACAUUUGUGGUGGCGAUAAACUGCUGGAGUGUGACCCUGGCCUCUCGCACCCAGGUCACACUGACAUUCAUCAAGAUGUUUGCCCUGGUCCUAAUCAUCGUUCCUGGCAUCAUGGCAUUAGCCAGAGGACAGACAGAGAACUUCCAGAAUGGCUUUGAGAUUGAUACACUAACACUGGAUAAGCUACCAUUGGCCUUUUAUUCUGGUCUAUAUGCCUAUGGUGGAUGGUUUUAUCUGAAUUUUGUCACAGAGGAGGUCAUUAACCCAAAUAGAAACAUCCCACUGGCAAUCAUCUUCUCCAUGGUGACGGUGACUGUGUGCUACGUUCUUGUCAACGUGGCCUAUUACACCAUGAUGACAGCAGAGGAGCUUCUUGUGUCUGACGCGGUGGCUGUGACGUUUGCCAACCGUGCUCUUCACGGCUUGGCCUCUGUGAUUCCUUUACUAGUUGCUGUAUCCUGUCUUGGGGCGCUGAACGGUGGCUUCUUUGGAGCACCCAGGAUGCUGUUCGUGGGGGCCAGGGAGGGACACUGGCCAGUCCUCUUCUCAAUGAUCCACAUCCGUAGAAACACGCCUCUGCCUGCUGUGCUGCUGCUGUAUCCGUUGGUGGUAGUGAUGGUGGCCAGAGGAGAGAUCUUCCAGCUGAUCAACUUUGCUUCCUUCUCUCGGUGGCUCUUCAUUGCCAUGGCGACCAUGGGGAUGCUCAUCCAUCGCUACCGCUUCCCCCUCCACCCAAGACCCUUCAAGGUGCCACUAGCCAUCGCAGUCACCUUCACAGUGGUGUGCUUCUUCAUCGUUGGGCUGUCUCUGUACUCAGACCCCUGGAACACAGGGGGCAGCUGUGCUCUCACCCUAUCUGGAGUCCCUGUCUACUACCUGACCGUCCACCGCUCACGCCUGCCCACCAGAUGGAGAAAGAUCUUCAACUACUGCAGUAAGCAGCUUCAGAUAUUGCUGGAGGUGGCUCAGCAGGAAGUCCAGACCUACUGAAGACACCUCUUCACUCACACUGACCAGACAGACACCCAUUACUGUGCCCUCCAUAUUGUAUAUGGAUGUGAAUACCAAGGCAUGUUAGUUAGAUUAGGAAAAUAAUGAGCUGUUAACUCUACAACACUGACGAUUUUUUGUUUUUGUUUACUUGAAUUAAGGAGGUGUACUUUUUACGCUUUGAAAACGAGAUAGUUUUGUGUGGAUUAUUUACAUUUAAAUGACGUUCAUCAACAAAUGUUGACAUACUGGUAUUUGGUACUUAAAUAAAACAAGAGAAACUGUA